AAAUAAUUGCGUGUGUUUUGGAUCUUCUGGUGUCGGUUGUUCAGUUUUUCCCAAUUUUACCGUAGAAAAGUGAUUCGCUUUCAGCCGAAAAGCGGUGAAAAACGUGCCCCGAUGGCCCUGGAACCGUUUGCAUGUUUUAUGGACGUGGAAAACUCCCGCGCCUAUAUUGACGAGCUUUACUCAGAGGAUACCUAUAAGUGUCAGGAAGCGAUAGUGUGCCUCAAGAAUGCAGUCAUCGGUUCGAACAAGAAGAAGGGUUCGGUCAUCUCGCAGGGGAUCGUACCCCGGUUGAUCGCGCUGCUGCGGGAUGACUGCAAAGAUCCGAACCUGCGGCUCGAUGCGGCCAUUGUCAUCGGUUCCCUGGCCAAGGGCACAGAAUCUCAGGUACACUCGUUGAUCUACUACGAAACGGUGCAGGUGUUGCUGGGAAUCGUUAUCAAUCCGAACACUGACCGGCGGCUCAUGGAAACCUGUCUGGGGGCGCUGAAAACUAUCCUGCAGUAUCCGUUUGCACCGAUCGAGCUACUGCACUGCAAUAUUGGCAAUCUUAUGAGAUUGAUUCAACUUGCCUCGCCGAACAGUUCUAUCCAGUGCCAAGAGUACGUGGCCAACAUCUUUGUGCCCUUGUGUCACUCGUCCCACCAGCAGAAGAACCUCUGUCAGGCCAACGUAAUUCCGUUCCUUGCCCGGUUGAUGACCAGUCAGCUGACCAUCCUCCAAGUACCUGCCCUCAAGUGUCUAGCGGCGAUGUGCUUUACCAACAAGUACGUGUCGGAUAUUGUGUGUUUGACUUGCCACGAGGAGCGGUCUAUUCUGGACAUUCUGACGGAGCUGCUGUCCAGGACGCGUGACGUGCAGAUUCAGCUGUCUGCCAGCCGAUGUCUAACGUACUUGCACCGGUCCGGCUCGCUACGGGCCGAUGACUAUCGCAUCGUUUACAAAACCUUGCCGAGCUUAGCGCGGCUUUGUUCCGACGAUUUCGAUGAGGACACCCGUGCGACGGCCGCCGAAACGCUCGCCUAUUUGGCGGAGAUCGAUUCGGAACUCCAGCGGCUUGCGGCAAUCAGCAACCACCUGAUAUGCUCGUUGGCCAACCUCAUUCGCUGUCCGUCCCCGCUUUCGCGUCAGGGUGCAUUCCGGUGUUUCGCUUCGCUGGCCGCCAACGACGAAGACAUCCGCAAGAGAAUUAUCGAAAUGGACAGCCUGAUGGAGGAAGUAUUGAAAGGGCUGAAGGAUACCUGUCCGGAGGUUCGACUAUCGGCUGUACGAUGCCUCCAUUCGCUUUCGAGGUCAGUGCAAUUGCUGAGAACAACUUUCCAGGAUCACUCGGUGUGGCGUCCGCUCAUGGAUUUAUUGGUUGGUGAACCAUCGUUAGAGCUCUUGACGGUGGUCACCUCAACAAUCUGCAAUUUGCUACUAGAAUUUUCACCCGCCAAAGAACCCAUGCUCGAAUCUGGUGCUGUUGAAAUGCUCUGCGAACUUACUAAGCACAGUGACCCGGCUUUGCGAUUAAAUGGCAGCUGGGCGUUGAUGAAUAUGGCUUUUCAGGCUGAGCAAAACGUUAAAUCCAAAAUCAUCAAUACCUUGGGGACGGAUCGAAUAUUUCAACUGCUGGGAGAUUCGGACGAACGCGUUAUUAUGAAGACGCUCGGUCUUCUGCGGAAUCUCCUGAGCAAUACUGUUCACAUCGAAAUCAUUAUGUCCGAGCAUGCAUCGGAAGUGCUGAGAGCGGUAAACCUUGUUCUUGAUGGACCUCACCCUCCCGAAGUAAAAGAGCAAGCUCUUAUCAUAAUCAGCAACAUAACUGCGGGUGCACGUGACAAGGACUAUGUGCUCGAAGAUGAGAACAUUAUUAAAAAGAUAAGAGAGUUUUUGAUCGUACCAGAUAACAAACUACAGAUGGGAGCCGUGUUUGUGGUGCGGAAUCUGAUGGACAAGAGCGGCCGCCAGAAGGUGCUUCGGGAGUCCGGCAUACUGGAGAAUCUCGAACAACUGCUACAUAUGACUCCCCGCGAUUCACAAUUCUACGAAGAAUUGCUACACCACACAGCAUACGACAGGAGAUUUUAAGGUUUGACUUUUCGGACGAGCAUUGAGUUGAUCUCGCCUGUUCCGUCGCGAGUGGCGACGACGACGGUUGGUGCUGAAUGUCCUGGAUGCCAUCCACAAGGACCACCCGGCCGAGACCAACGUCGAAAAUACGUAGGCAAAAAACAACAAAAAUCAGAGACGGGCAGACCGACAUUUUUGUACAUGUAAAACAUCGAUGAUUGUUGAUGAUACGUUGUUGCGACUGUUUGUGUAAAUGGUUUACAGUGAUAUCUCGUUCUCCACGGCCUUGCCACGAGCCGAGCAAUGAUUCGGUCUUGGGUUUUUUGAGCCCACGGGCAUCAACACCCACAUGUGGUUUUAUCAAUGGGUACAAAACAUCAUGAGGUUGAAGAACUGCGCUUCGACAUUUACUCCUUAACAGAACCACUCAUUCACUUGAACGAUAUUUCUUCGUGCUCAUACGCUAGUUAGGUCUUUACUAAUGAUAGGAACAACUCCAGUUCGAAAGGAGCAGACUGAUUGUAAUUACUACGUUUUAUUAACUCUGAUGAAUAGGUGAUGUUUUCAGGAGAACUUUUUCCAAGCUUAUAACAGUCUAACCAACUAAAAAGCGCUUCACUUUGAAGAUUGGAACAUAUCCUACUACUACAAUGUGGGGUUAAGCUGAUAAAAACCCCGUAAUGUUGAUGCUUGAGUGCGCUAUAACAGCUGUGCAGAAUGCAGAUAUCAUUGAAACAGAAUGCGAAUGUUUGUUAAGUUUUGUUCUAAUUUUAUUAAUUUAUUUAAAAACAAACAAAUUAAUUACGAAGGAACAAUCGAGAUUUGACUACAAUACAAUCCAGCCCAUCUCGAAUGGUUCCAGUUUUCCGAUAAAAAAAGAACUAUCUUUACUAAUGUGUCGGCCAGUGUUGUAAAAAUUAGGGAAUGUGUAUAUGAGGACAACAGAAACGAUGAAUGGAGAUUAUUAUUGUAUAUAUUUUUCAAAAAUAAAAUGACACAAGAAUCAAUGUAAAAAUUUAUCCAUCAUGAUGCGGAAAGAGAAUCUUUGAAUGAUUGGAUUGGUCUGAAGAAAGAAUCCGAAAGGAAGAGAACAAACUACCUAAUUACAAACAUAAGUAUCCAGUGUGGGUGAACAAGGGAAUCCACGUAAAACAAACACCUUCAGAGACACAGGCUCUUCCAGUGGAAAUGGAAAUAAAGCUUUCAUAGUGUGGCGUUAAAACGCAUUUAUCUACCUGGUAUUAUAUAUAAAAAAGAAGCAACGCAAAAACGUAGGGACAUUAAUUAAAACAACAACUUGAGAAGAAGAGAAAAACUCACUAAGAUGAUGCCAAAAUUAUCAGCAGAAUUCAGUAGAUAUGAUGUAUGAUUUAUUUCUCGAUGGUCUUUGUAAUUGUAGAGUUUGGAUCUAAAUCUUGAAAAAAUGAACUUACUCUGAUUGAAAAUUGUUUGCUAUCGACAGAGAUUAGUCUUAACUUUCCGUGAUUCUUGAUAAAGAAGAUCAAAAAAGUUAGUUUAAAUACAACACACACAGUGAUCUAAUUGCUCCUUAGAGAA